CUAAAAACCUAAUCAGAGCUGCAUCGAUUCAUAGCUCUUCACCCUCCCUCCACACCAUCACCAAAUAAACCCAAGCUUUUCCCUUCCGAGUGAGUGAGAGAGACACGCACAGAGUAAAGCAAGCAUUCUUCCUUAUGGCAAGCGCAGCAGAUGUGGAGGCUGUGGACUUCGAGCCGGAGGACGACGACCUUAUGGACGAGGACGGGGGCAUGGACACCGCAGCAGCCGACGCCACCACUUCGCCAAUGGCCCCUCUCCCGAAGCUCAAGUCCGCUAUUACUGGCGCCGCCUCCUCCUCUGCCGUUGCCAGGAAAACCAAGGGCCGUGGCUUCCGCGAGGACCAUCCCGAAGCCCCCGACCGCUCCACCCGCCUUGCCGCCUCCAAGUUCGACUCCCUCAAGUCCCCCGACGGUCCUGGCCCCCAGCGAUCCAUUGAAGGAUGGAUUAUUCUGGUCAGUGGAAUACACGAAGAGGCACAAGAGGAUGAUCUACAAAAUUCUUUUGGUGAGUUUGGAGAGAUUAAGAAUUUGCAUUUAAAUCUUGAUCGCCGAACCGGCUUUGUCAAGGGAUAUGCCCUAAUUGAGUAUGAGAACUUUGAGGAAGCACAGACUGCAAUAUCCUCCAUGAAUGGAGCAGAAUUUCUGACACAAACUAUCAGUGUUGACUGGGCCUUCAGCAGUGGAUCCUCAGCUAAUGGAGCGAUGAAAAGAAAGAAUACAAGGCCACCUCGAGAACGUCGCUCGAGGAGUCCGAGGAGGAGAUACUAGCAUGGCACAUGUUAUUCUGUGGUGAUGGUGCAUGGAUUUAACUGACGAGGGAAUCCCGAUGUUUAUGUCGGUUACGAGUAAUGAAAGAUUCCAGUUGCUGCUUUGAUUGACUGGAUUUAUGGUUUUUAUGCGUUUCGGGAGGGAACACUUGCAUUUCGUCUCCCUUGUAUGGCUUUUUAACCGAUGGUUUAACUCAUACACUAAUUUUGGUGAUCUGUGUUGCUGUUCCUACCAGGAUUCUUAUUAAUUAAGUUGUAAUCUGUGUUCUAAUUC